ACGCGCAUGACCCGGAAGUAAUACUUUCACAACAAAAAAUUACCGGGAAAGUGGCACAGAAGGAAGGUGCAGUGGUUAGGGCCCCAAACUGUAGAUUUUUGUUCUACUUUUUCCUCGGGUGGCUGUGUAAUUGAUUUGUUUAAGUCAUAAUGGAUGAAUACGACGAGAUGUUCGGGAUUGAAGAUGAGUUUGAGGCGCAGUUCGCGGAUGAGCUGGAAGUCAUGGCGGAGAUGGAGGAGGAAGAGACUUCAAACCAGGGUAAACAGAAGCCGAGGCAAGUGCGUGAAAGUGUCAGUUCAGAUAUUGCUCACCUGCUUGAUGAAGAGCCCAUCACUCCAAAAGCAAAGCGCCAAAAGCAGGACACGGUGGUCAAGAAACUGUUUGGUACAACACAGACUGAUGGCAUCACACCUCCAUCAUCUCCAGAGCAGUACACCACUUCCAGCUCCUCCAGGUUCAGACCAACAGCUUCUUCAUUGGACAUCAGUGGAUUUGAUCCUAUCCCGGAGACUCCCAUUCGCCUUACUGCAGUCCCGACACAAGGUUCAUCCAACGUCCUGAAGAGACCGCCUUUGGAGGGGGACUACGUCACUGUCACAGAUACUGUAGGCACCAGAGUCUACCUCCGGCAAAGAGAGGAAGCAGGGGAAAAAGUAGAAGAGUCCAGAAUAGUGCCUGAUGCCUUUGGUGCUCUAGGGCUACUGGCAGUGCCUAUCCGCGAGCUUAGAGAACAUGAAGCAGAAAAGCGUCAUCAGCAAAUAUUGGAGGAAUCCCAGCGUCUCACAGACCUGCUGGCCAGCAAUGUGAAUGAUGUGAACGACAUGUUUUUGGAGCAAGAGGACAAAGAAAAUCAACAGCUGGAGAAUUCUGAAGAGAUGUGUUCACGACUGUGGGUGGACAGAUUUUCUCCUCGGCACUACACCGAACUCCUCAGUGACGAUUUCACAAAUCGCUGCUUGCUCAAAUGGCUCAAAUCCUGGGACACUGUUGUAUUUGGAAGAGAGAGAAAAGCUCGCCCAGUCCACUCCCAACAGACUUCUAAACAGAUCUCAUUUAAACCCAAUCAACCCAACCAGAAUGCAAACCGCUUUAAAUCCAAAGUGGAAAUGACUGAGGAGCUGCUGGAGGCUGAGCUGGACCAGUACAAAAGACCCAAGUUUAAGGUGGCCUUGUUAUCAGGUCCUCCAGGCUUAGGCAAGACAACACUUGCACAUGUUAUUGCAAAACAUGCUGGGUACAAUGUAGUGGAAAUCAAUGCCAGUGAUGACCGCAGUGCUGAGGUCUUCCAGAAGCGCAUAGACACAGCCACUCAGAUGAAGUCUGUGUUAGGGGCCAAUGAGAGGCCCAAUUGUCUCGUUAUUGAUGAGAUCGAUGGGGCACCAGCUGCUGCCAUCAACAUCCUGUUAGCCACCAUUAACAGGAAAGAUGGACAGAAAGAAGGAGAGACGGCAAAGAAGAAGAAAAAGAAAGAGUCUAUACUGCUGAGACCCAUCAUCUGCAUUUGUAACGACCUCUAUGUUCCAGCUCUCAGACCUCUUAGGCAGCAGGCCUUCCUCCUGACUUUCCCUCAGACACAGCCCUCACGACUGGUCCAAAGAUUAGCAGAGAUUGCGGUGCAUCAGGGUAUGAAGGCAGACACUGGAACUCUGAUGUCUCUGUGUGAGAAGACUGACAAUGACAUCAGGUCGUGUAUUAAUACUCUUCAGUUCCUCUUUGGUCGUGGACACAAACAGUUGGACUCCAGAAUGAUACAGAGCAUUUCAGUGGGACAGAAAGACCAGAACAAGGGAUUAUUUCAUCUGUGGCAGGAGACUUUCCAGCUUCCACGAGUAAAACGAAAACGCAUUGGAGAGGGUUUUGAGGAGACUCCAGGAUUAGGAGGAGGCACUCAGAGGUUUCAGCACAUCCUGCAUCUGGCCUCUUCCAGCGGAGAGUAUGAUAAAGCUGCACAGGGACUAUAUGAGAACUACCUGUCGAUGCGAGUGCGAGACCCUAACCUCCACAAUGUGUGUGAGGCCCUGGAGUGGCUCUCCUUCUCCGACAGGCUUAACCAGGUCAUUCUGCACGGACAAAACUUCUCUCUCAUGAGAUACCUGCCCUUCCUGUCUGUCACCUUCCACUUCCUGUUCGCCCACAGUCAUGUGCCACGCCUCAGCUACCCGCACAGCCAACACGAGGCAAUGUCUCGUCUCCUCGGCAGUAAAAAUGCUUUGUCUACGAUGCUCUCUGAUAUCCCAGCAUCCAUCAGGACAAGGAUCAGCCAGCUCAAUCUUACACUGGAUAUUCUUUCCCUGCUGCUUGAGGUUAUCUGCCCCAAACUACGACCGGUUAAUCCACAGUUGUUCAGCAGCAGAGAGAAGGAACAGCUUAAGGAGCUCAUUGACACCAUGCUGGCCUACAACCUUUCAUACAGACAGGACAGAACACCAGAGGGACAGUACACAUACGUUCUGGAGCCGCGUGUGGAGGACGUGGUGAAGUUCCCGGGCCUGCCUCCCCGUCGACAGCUGACGUAUCAGGCGAAGCAGACAGUGAGCAGGGAGAUGGAGCAGGAGAAGAUGAGGAGGGCUGAGCAGCUGCUGCAGAGGAGGAACCCAUCACUGGUGAGACUGUGA